CGAAUCCAGUUGGUUCUUGCGCUAGUGCCUGCCAUGGAGCUAGUGCCUGCCUAUGAGGCAGCAAUACCGGUGGCGCGCCAGCCGCGUUCCACGAAUGUGCGGAGGUCGAACCGCUUCGCCGAAACUCUGGCCUCGCAGACGCUGGCGCUGAGCAGCUUGGGCUUGGCGAGCGCCGUGUCGUGGCGCGUUUCCCGCAGAAAGCUCGCACGGCGUGUCGGGGACUUGCGCCAGGCGGCCGUUUGCGUGGCUGAGCGGCCCAUGGUCGAACGGCUGCAGCAGAUGUCUGCGCGGGAGCUAAAGCACGAGUUGCAGAUCCGGGGUGUCGACACCGAAGCCAGCCCUGACAAGCAGCUGCUGUUGGAGCUAGGUGCGGAGCGCGGCAUCCUGCCGCAUGCUGGUGGUGGAAGAAGACGGCGGCUGAACAAGGUGGCCGAGGCUCCGGUGGUCGUCACCUUGAAGAGAGUGCAUCCGCCCACGGAGGUCAUCCCCUCGGGCGCCUUCGCGGAUGGGGAGCGCCUCGCCCUGCCGCUGUGGAGCGACCGCGUGUCAGGGCCGCUGUGGUUCCUGAUCGACACAUCGCUGAAGAGGAGUGCGGUGCGAGAGGGCCUCCAGCUGGCCACGGAGGGGCUCUUGACAGGCCUGCGAUUCGCCAACGAAGAAGUGGGUGAUCUGGAGGUGCAGGUGGUGCCAGACAAGUCCGUGGUGCUGGGCCACGCUAGCUCCGGUGUGGCCGGGCUUCUAGGCGUGGACUUCCUGCAGCGCUUCGAGCUGGACUUGGACCUCCAGCGGGGCAUUUGCCGCGCCUGGCCCAGCGGCCCUGAGCUGCCGCGAGGCUUCGGCCUCCCAGAGGCGGUGGAGGUAGAGCUGUUCGAAGAGCACGGCCUUCUUCUGAUGGAUGCGCAGCUGCGCGGCACGGUGUGCAGUGGCAACGACUUCCCUGGGCCCCCCUUGCGGGCCUUGCUGGACCUCGGCCAGACUUACUCCGCCUGCAACUGGAGGGCGGCUAGCCAGGUUGGGGUCCGCAGCGGGGAUCCCUGCAUCCGCCGCGCCGGGGAGUGGUUGGACCUGGAUGGGAACCCCAUGGACGUCUUUGAGGCGGAUUUGGGGGUGGAGCUGCCCGGCCGCGUCGGGGGCGUGCUGCAGGGCACGCGGCUUUGCAGCACCAGGCUCUUCUGGCUUGCGGAGUCCCUCCCACUGCUGGAACGCCUAGGCUUCGGGUCGCAGGAGCCCCUGGCGGUGCUGGGCCUGGACACCGUGGGCCGCGUGAGGCUGGCCCUCUCUGCAAGGCACAAGCGCCUCUGGCUCCCAAUGUGAGGCAGGCGCGCGCAACUGCGCAACUCACAGCCCGCGGCUUCGGCGUUCGGGGCACGUGGAAGGUACAGCUUCGGUAGUUGCAAGAGGGGCGAAGGAUGUGACUUCCCUAUGCU